AUGAAAGCAGCAGCGGCAGAAUGCAGUGUAGUACACAGGAGUUCCACGACUGUGUUGCUCGGCACUUACAGGUCCACAACACACAGUAAUUACCUCAUAAAGUUAAUCAAACUCGUGGUGGGUUUAGGCUCUGGUUUAUCAGCGAACCACCAGCAACUAACCCUCAUAGAUAGUUGGUCUUCAAAAGUAGUAGGUCGUUUGGGUGUUGGCAAUAGGGCGGAGUGCCCAGGGUGGCGGCUGACCGGCCUUGUGCCCUCCUCACAGUCCAAAGGUGAACUGCACGAGGCGCGGGAGGGGCUGUCCCCGGCGACCCAUGAACCACCUGUUGGGUUGCAUGCAGCCCCGGUGUGGGUAUGGAUGCAGGGCGGCGAGAGGAGCCUGCAGGCGGCCAGGGUUGUUGGGAAUGGAGGCACCAUUUCGUGGCUGCUCCAGCCACAAGUGAAGUGGUGUGAGGUGGCCGCCGCCGAGCCGCGCGGGACCUUCCUGCAUAUCAGCGGGCGGGCGACGCCCCACGCCCGGCCGCCCCGCACCCUCCGCUGUCCAAAGACUCGCUCCUUGAGCACUAAAUCGCAACUGUGUUCAAGUGUGUUGGUGAGUGCGGGAGGGAGGGAGGCAAUCUCUCUGCUUUUAAUUCUCUCAGUGGAUUACCAGGCAGUCAACUUGAAAUAUGUGGUCACCUGCACAACCUUCACCGUUCCUGCGUCAGCACGUGGAGGCCAAGGUCUGUGGAGUUGUAGUUUGUGGUCACGAGAGAAGAGAAGACUGGCAAAGCAGCUGCUGUUGAGUAAUCCUGUGUUAGUUCGAUAUGCUGCUUCUCAGGUGGUGAAUCACAGUGAAGUGCUGCAAAGACAGAAAGACUUUACCAAGUCCAACCCUCAUUCAGAAAGUGGUACUUUUCUGUAUAGUAUUGUUGGGUUUGGGGCUGGUCUAAUUCUAGGUGCAAUAGUGAAGUCUCACUAUAAUGAGUGGAGCAGAACCAAGAGGUACCUCACCAGUGUCUUGCCCUGUGUCGCUGCUGCCAGUCCUUUUACCUUUACUGCAUCAGUGGACCAUAACAAUAAUGAACCCGAGCCUCCUCCUAAGCAAGAGUCACCCCUGAGCAAGAGGAUAACUCACAACUUUAUCGCUGAUGCCGUGGAAAAAGCAUCAGACAAAGUUGUAUAUAUUGACAUUAAGGAUGCUCGAAGGGGUUCUUAUGUCAAGUUUGGCCAGACUCUGUCCAACGGGUCAGGAUUUAUUGUUUCAGAAGAUGGCUUAAUUCUCACCAAUGCUCAUGUAGUAACCAACAGGCCCAGAUCCAGCACUAUAUUGGUGCGGCUCCAUGAUGGCUCAGAGUGUGAUGGAGUAGUGGAAGACAUUGAUGCUGUGUCUGACUUGGCUCUUAUCCGAGUGAAGCGUUGCAGCCUCAGCCCAGCACCACUAGGCAAGUCAAGUGACCUAAGACCUGGAGAGUUUGUUGCAGCACUGGGCUCUCCACUCUCUCUGUGCAAUACUGUCACAGCAGGUGUAGUGUCCUCAGUGGGACGACCAAGCAAGGAACUUGGUCUGCGGGGAAGAGAUAUCCACUACAUUCAGACUGAUGCAGCUAUUACUUUUGGCAAUUCAGGAGGUCCUCUCAUCAACAUGGAUGGGGAAGUGAUAGGCAUCAACUCCAUGACUGUCACUUCAGGCAUCUCCUUUGCUAUCCCUAUUGACUAUGCAAAGGAGUUCAUUGCCAAGGCUGAGAAGAAAAGAGCAGAACUGGCCAAGUACCCCGAGGCACAGGGGUCUGACCGCCGCCGCUAUCUGGGGAUCACCAUGCUGACCCUCACACCCUCCAUCAUGCAAGAGCUUCAGUCCCGAGGGAACAUGACAAACCGAUUCCCUCCAGACCUCACCCACGGCAUUUUGGUGUGGAAGAUUGUUGUGGGCUCCCCAGCAUACCAGGCCGGACUGCAGCCUGGAGACAUUAUAACACACAUCAAUAACCAUGACAUCAACUCCUCCCGAGAUGUGUACAAAUUUCUGGAGGGACGAGGAGAGCUCAGUAUGACUGUUGUACGAAAUGGCCAGCGGUACUUUGUGGUUGUAGUGCCAGAGGAGUGAUGAUCUCAUACAUGUCAAAUGUGAAAUGACUGAAGCUGAUGUGAUAGAUAGUUAGUAAAUUUUCAAGUGAGAAAGUUUGAUAUUUCUUAAUGGAAAAAAGACAUGUAAUGUUCAGUAUUUAAAUAUGAAGAUAGAAUUUAUUACAGAUGUUUUGUUUAUCAUGUCAGAAUUUUUUCAAACACCUUUAACAUUUAUAUACUUUACAUGAAAAACACUCAUGAUUUAUUCCAAGUGUUUUGUUAAUCUUAUCAUAUUUAACAUUCGUAUGACAACAAAAAAAAAAACAUUAAUAAGUGAGCACAUUAAUAUUUAAUCACAAAUUCCACCCAACAGUACAUUCUGCUUUCUAUUGAAUAGCAUAAGUAGCCAAGAUGGAAAUGUUUCUCAGCAUCUAAUGGGAACUAAUCACUGAAUGAGACCUAAAUUGUUAAGUGAAAUGAAAGCAAGCUCCAAAUUGCCAGCCAUCAGUGAAAAAAUUAAUGAAUAAAGAGAAAAAGAAAACUAAAUGCCUCUUAAAAUAGAAAACACUGAAUAGUAUGUGACAAAGUAUCAACCAUUUCUCAAGUUUUUGUUCAAUCCCUCAAUGGGGAAAAUACAUAUUGGCUAAAAACUUAUUGAAUGUAUAGGUAAAAAGCUAAUGGAAAUGUUACAUGUUAUAAUGUAACUGGAUUUGGUAGAUUCUUUAAAAGUUAUAAUUUGAUUUCUUUCUUCUUUUCCAAUUAACUAGCCUCUUGUGUUUGUCUAUUCCUACGUGCCAGCACACUGUUAGCUGUAAGUAAAAUGAUCUCUUAAAACUGUCACCUCAUUUGUAGUGCUUACAGCAAGUCUUGACUGGGUUGCUACAGUUGCCCAAGACUUUACCAAAAAUUAUGUAUCCACUUCAUAGUGAGGGGAUAUGAUAAUGUUAGCUGCUGCCAACACAUAUUUUUUUUUUUUUUCUUCUAUUAACUGGCACCAGUCAUUCUUUAUUGCUAAAUAUGAAGAUGGAAGUGGUAUUAAUAUACCAACUAACAAAUCUUUCUCUGGAAGGCCAAAAGUCUGUGCAGAGAACAAUGUCAAGUGGGAGUUCGAGAGGAACUCAUGCCGCACAAGUUAUAGUUUUACAAAUAAAUAAAAAUAGAUACCCUUUUUUUUCCAUAGUGUCUAGAAGAAUGGACAGUCAAUGAAUGCGCGAUCUUGGCUGAAUCAGCAAGCCCUGAUGAAUCCUUCAUCACUGUGUGGUCUUUUUUUUUUUUUUCUUUUCCAAUAUAGAGUGAGGAGGAAUGGCGUGACGUCUUCAGUAAUGAGGCUACCGUUAUGAUUAUAAGUAAAAUUGGAAAUAUGUAACCUCAUUAAGGAAAAAAAAACAACGAAAGAUGAACCAUGUACACCUUUGGCUUGCCCAUAAAUGUGUACGCUAACA